ACGUGGGCGUUAAUAUAUACAAGUACAACGCAUAUAUAUACUCCAACACAUCAUCACCACUUUGUCCCCAUCUCUCCACCGCUAACAACCACCACCAUGUCAAAAACCAUAAUUCCGGUGACUUUGCUGCUGUUUUUAGUCUUCACGGCGGUUUUAGUCCGGUCGCAGUCUAUAGUUCCAGCGAGGUACGAUGGAUUCGUGUACGGGAAACACACGGCGUCCAUGGACACCGUGUUGGUCGAGGCUUUUUUCGACCCAGUCUGCCCCGAUAGCAGAGACGCCUGGCCGCCGCUUAAACAAGCGAUCGAUCAUUACGGUCCCGACCUCGUCUCUCUCAUCGUUCACCCGUUCCCACUACCAUACCAUGACAACGCUUUUGUUACUUCCCGAGCUUUGCAUGUUGUCAAUGAGAUAAAUACUUCAGCUACAUACCACUUGAUGGAAGCUUUUUUUGUGCAUCAGGAGCGGUUUUACAAUGCACAAACCUUAAAAAUGUCUAGAGAGGCCGUUCUUGAUCAAGUUAUAGGGUUCGCAUCAAACGCUCUUGGGAACUCCAUGCAAUCUGCCAUUAAGUCUGGAUUUGCUGACUCGAAGACUGGUACCAAAACUAGGGUAUCAUUUAAGUAUGGUUGUUCAAGAGGGGUGUAUGGCACGCCAUUUUUCUUUGUUAACGGCUUUUUGCUACCCGUCAGUGAUGAUGCAAUCGACUACGAUGGAUGGAGAAAAAUCAUUGACCCCCUUACUAACAAACAACGACGGUAUCCGUUGAGUGUCUUCUGAUGGACUCGUCUUCAUCUUGUUGCCUUUUGUUUAAAACUAUGUUUGUGCUCAGGUUUUCGGUGUCGCUGUAUAUGAAUAAACAUUUAUAACAUAUGAACAAGUCUUCUAAUUGACCUACAAAUUUCUACUUGCA